AUGGCCACCAAUACUAGUAAGGGAUCAUCCAUUUUCGAAGUUUGGAUGUUACAAGAAUCAGAUACAGUCCAGGCAUUAGCUAAAGCACAUGGCCAUAGGAUAAUAUUAGAGCAAAUUGUUCAUACACUUCAAAAACUUAAAGGUGGUUCCCACUGGAUAAUUCACAAUAUAGGCCGUCUUUAUGCCCUUAACAUAAUUGACUCAGAUCUUACAUGGUACAUCACCAACAAUCUAAUUUCAGUUGAAUCUGCGUCAAUGGUACAACCAUUGAUUCGAGAAUUAGUUGCAGAAUUGGCGCCUUUAAGCAUGAAAAUUAUUGAUACACUGGGAGUUGAUCCACGCGUUUUGUAUGCACCAAUUGCUAGCCAAUGGGCUAAAUUUAAUGAG